CUCUCUCUCGCUCUCUCUCUCUCAAACUUUGACAAACACAAUGGACUCCAGGACUCGCCUUGAUCAUGUUCUCUUCCAACUCACUCCAACCAGAACAAGAUGCGAACUUAUAAUGUUUGCUGCUGCUGGUGGAAGUGAGAAAUUGGCUUCAGGGUUUUUGGAACCAUUUCUUACACAUUUGAAAUGUGCAAAGGAUCAGAUUUCCAAAGGAGGGUACUCCAUUACUCUUCGUCCUUCCGGCUCCGGUGCCUCUUGGUUCACCAAAGCCACUCUCCAAAGGUUUGUGAGAUUUGUAAGUACACCAGAAGUUCUUGAGAGAUUUGUCACUAUUGAGAAAGAAAUUUUGCAGAUUGAGAAUUCACUUGAAUCAUGUGAACUCGCAGAGGCAGAAGCUGAUGGGAGUAAAUCAGCAGCCAUAAAGCCAAACAAUGAAUCUAAUGAGACAACUGAUGCUGUGCCAGAAGAGAAUUCCAAGAUUCGUCUUCAACGUGUUCUGGAAACUCGGAAGGUAGUACUCUGCAAAGAGCAAGCAAUGGCUUAUGCUCGUGCUUUAGUUGCCGGAUUUGAACUGGACUAUAUUGAUGAUCUUUUAUCUUUUGCUGAUACUUUUGGAGCUUCUCGAUUAAGGGAAGCAUGCAUAAAUUUCAUAAAUCUGUACAAGCAAAAGAAUGAAGAUAGGUUUUGGAUGGAAGAAAUAGCAGCAAUGCAGGCACUCUCUCAGCCGCAACUGCCAUACUUGGCAACAUCAGGAAUCAUUCUUGCUGGAGAAGAUAAUGAUCCCAGUCAGAAUCUUAACCAAAGUACUCUCUCUAUUGGGAAGAACGGUUCACUAGACACGUCAGUGUCUGAUUCAACUGCAAGUCAUGGAAGUCUGGAUGCAAGCCAAGAUGGGAAAGCUCAAGUACCAAAUCCAUGGCCAAACCAUCUUCCACAGUACAUGCAAAAUUUCCAAGGUCUUGCAUUUCAACAAAUGCACCCCUAUCAAGGUUAUAUGUUCCCUGGUAUGCAGGUUCCCCCAUAUUAUCCAGGGAAUAUGAAAUGGCCUCCAAACAUGGAAGACUCUGGCUUUAUGUUUGAUCGGGAAUCUGAUGAUCAUCGGAAGCAUAAAUCUCAUAGAACUAAAAAGAAACAUUCUCAUGAAAGAGCACUUGAAACUUCAGAACAAGAUGGAUCCAAUGAAGACACUGCAGGUUCAAGUUAUGAAAGUGAAUCUGAUGAUCAUUUGCAGAAUGGUAAAAGGCACUCUGGAACAGAGCAGCAGCAUCAGAAAAAGCAUGGGCAGAAGUCCUCAAGAAAGGUUGUUAUCCGCAAUAUUAAUUACAUAACCUCUAAGAGGGAUGGAGAAAGUGGGUCUGAGGAAAAUUCAUCCAAUGAGGAUGGAUACAUUGAUGGGAAAUCCAUUAAACAGCAGGUAGAGGAAGCUGUUGGUUCAUUGGAGAAGAGACAUAAAUCAAGCUCACGUCAUCACAAAAAACAAGGUGGAAGCAAGUUGCAUGGCAGUGUAGAUGAUUCAAAUGGAAAGGAACUUAAAAAUGCAGAUGCAAAUAUACCUGAGGGAGAAAAGCAAAAUGACAACUGGAAUGCUUUCCAGAAUCUUCUCAUGAGGGAUGAGGAUCCCAGUUCUUUUGCUACAGAAUCACAUAAUCUGUGGAUUGAAGAUGAAUAUCUUGCAAGUAAAAACUCUGGUGAAGGACGAUCGUUUGAAUUUAACCAGGAAGAAGAGAAAGCAACGAAGCAAAGAGCAGUUUCAAGUGAGUAUUUGGUGGUGACAGAGAGGGAUACAGGAAAUGAGAGUAAAACUCAGGGUCCAUACUUUGAAGGUGGUGGUGAUGUUGGUUGCAUUACCAAGAAAAAUGGAGCCUAUGAGGAUUUUUUAUUUUCACAGAGAAAUGAAGAGUCAAGGAUCAACUCCCAUGAUACUCUAUCUGAUUGCGCAAAUGAAUUAUACAAAACCAAAUGUCCUAAAGAAGGGGAUUGGUUUAUCAGCAACCAAACAGAUAAUCAGGUUGGCAGCAAUGAUCUGAAAAUGCUUGAUGGUGUUUACGCUUCAUCGGUGUUGGCUAUGGACACUGUUCAUGCUGAGAAAAAGAGGGAAGUUCUAGUGGAUGACUCUUUCAUGGUUCAAGACCGAUCAGUAGUUGAUCAUCAAUCUGAUUCUCAGUUCAGGACUGACAUAAGCUUCGAACCAGAAUACACUGGAGCUACUCAAAAUGAAUAUGGCAAGCCAGAGAUUUCAAAUGAGCCUGCAGCCUUUAGCAUGCAUGAACCAGAUGACCUAUACAUGGUGCUUGAUCGUGGUUCUGCUGUGGAGCAGGAUGUGGCACCAUGGAAUCCAGAGAUGGACUAUGAAGUUAAUGUUUCAUCAGUUGAAGCCAGCGAAAAGAAUCCUGGCAUUGAAACGACCGAUUCUAUUGGUGAGGAGCAGCCUUCUAAUAGUAAGGGCAAGAACGCUAAAAAUAGUGGAAUUCCAGGAGGAAAAAUUCCGACCAAAGAAGCAAGGUCUAAACUUGCAAAUGGAUCUUUGGGGAAGAGCAGAUAUGAUAUGUUAUCCAGAAGUAAGAAACCUUCUACUGUAAGCAAAAGCACAUUUCACAAAAGCAAAUUUGAAAAGGAUGAAGAACAAAGAAAGAGAAUGGAAGAGUUAGUUAUUGAACGCCAGAAGAGAAUUGCUGAGAGGAGUGCUGCUCGUGGUUCUAGUACUGCAACAUCUAAGAAACCUCUGACAGAAACUAAAAAUGUCAAAACCACUGGGACCAUGACAAAGAAGGAUAAGCUUAAAGUUCAGUCCCCAACCCAAGAGACCAAGAAAGCAGAGAAGCCUAUUAUGCGGAGUUCCACCAUUGAACGGCUUGCAACUGCAAGAGUAACUGAGAAGUUGCCAACAACUCUGCCGAAUUCUGGCCAACCCAAAAAGCAAACAAUCAAGGCAAUCGGUGUGGCUGCAGCUGCCUCAUCACAGAAGGCAGUUGGUGCUGUGAACAAGAAACCAAGUCCAAACAAAACCAAACCAUCAGAAGCGAAAGACCGCUUGAAGAAUUCAAAUCAGUUACUUUCGUCCAACUCUGAUGUCCAGGACAAAGUGUGCAUUGAAGCCACAGAAGCACUGCCAGUUGAGUUGACACGUAAGGCUGCCAUCAUUGAGUUGGAAGAGACUAAGCAACUCCAUAGUAUAUCUUCCAUUGAAAAAAAUGAGGGAAACUUGUUGUUGCAAAGUGAGGCAUUAGAUAAAGGAAGCUGCCAUGAGCGUUCACCCGAUUCGGAUUCACUUGCACCUAUUGAUGAUCCCGCACAGCCUGAACACUUAACAGCUGAUGCUGAAGAACUAUCUCGGGAAUCUCUGGUUUUUAGUGAAGACAAAAGAAACUACAAUGAAGACAGUGCAGAGCCUCAUAUUCUGGAAUCACCUACCAAACCUCUAAUUGUUCCAGCGGUGAAUAUUGACGAAAAUGGUGACACAACUAAAGGUUUUCCAGUCUCUACUGAAAUUUCUGAAAUAGAAAUCUUUACUCCACCAUAUAAUGAAACAGCCUCAGAACAACUCAACUCAAGGAAGAAAUGGAAUGGUGAUGAGAACUCUCCUAAAGCUGCCAAAGGGUUUAGGAAACUUCUGUUGUUUGGACGAAAGAGCAAGAACACUCCUGUCAAUUGAUAUUGUGGAGCUUAGUUACUUAUUCUUUGCCUAUCAUCUUUUGAGUGCAGUUCAUAUCCAAAUACUUCGGCAUUGGUUUCUGGGCAGCUCAAGUCCAAGAGAUGGAUACGCUGAUUGAAUUGCUUGAUAAUGCAGCUGAUGCAUGCCUUAUGGCUUUCAAGUAAAAUAACUGAGAUAGCUUGCCAUGCGCAAUAAGGCGGAGGUUGUUGCUGCCACAUGGGAAGAGGCUGAAUAGCACUGUAAGUUAUGUAGAUUUUGUAUAUACCAAAAAAAAAAAAUUCCAUUCAAAACCAUCUGUUUAUGUGAUUUUGCUUGUGCAUUUGCAUUGAUGACACUGAUUUAUUUCAGUAUCACUUGUAAAUUUCUAUUAAAAUUUGUUUGUGUAUGAAAAGCAGACAUUUUUG